AUGUUGAUGAGCGAGGGAGGUGGUUCAGAACCAUCUAUCAGGGCUAGACUUAAAGCGGCCUGGGACAAACGGAUGCCAAGAAAGAUAAAAGUCAAGUUGUACGAAACAGUGGUAAGACCAGUCAUAUUGUAUGGCCUGGAAACGUGUGCGUUGACGAAGAAGGAAGAAAGAUUGCUCGUAACAAAAGAUAUGUGGAUGCUGCGAAGGAUUAUGGGCGUUACGCUACGCGACCGGAAAAGGGGCGAGGACAUCCGGAAAGAACUAAAAGUAUGUAACAUUAUAGAAAGGAUCAGGGAGAGCAGGUUGCGAUCGUUUGGAAAUCUUGAAAGAGCUCAGAGCGGACAGCCAGCUAAGGACAUGACAGUUGAAGGCAAUAGAGGACGUGGGAGGCAGAGAAUAUGGUGGAAGGACAACAUCAAGAGGGACUUGCGGGAGCUGAAUCUGACUAUGGAACUUGUUGGGAAUAGGAAAGAAUGGUGA